AAAUACUACUACUUACUAAAGCAAUAAUUAGUUUUCCCCUACUUUGGGCAAUAAUUAGACAAGAGGGGGGUUGUUUGAAAGGUUUGGAAAUUGGACAAAAAUGGUGAAAGCCGCUUAUGUCGAUAAAGAUGGGUUGAAGAAAGGCGCUUGGAGCGAAGAUGAAGACACUAAGUUGAGAUCUUAUAUUCUCAAAUACGGCCAUUGGAACUGGCGAUUGCUCCCCAAAUUUGCCGGGUUGCAAAGAUGUGGGAAGAGCUGCAGAUUGCGAUGGAUGAAUUACCUGAAACCCGAUGUGAAAAGAGGGGAAUUCAAUCAAGAAGAAAGAGAUCUCAUCGCCAAACUUCAUUAUGAACUCGGAAACAAGUGGUCUGGGAUUGCAGCGAAACUGCCGGGAAGAACAGACAACGAUAUCAAAAACUACUGGAUGACUCAUCUCCAGAAAAGGGGAAAAUGGGGUGAGAUUUCGGAGGAAGAAAACCCAAGCAAUAAUCGCAAGAAAAUGGAAAAAUCAUCUGCGGUUACGUGGAUAGAUCCGAAAUCAGAAAAGACGGAGGUAUCUAACUCUCAGAUGUUUAUUCUGGAAUCAUCCAAUUCAAAUUCAUCACUAGUUUUGAAUGCUUUCAAUUGGGAUUUGAAUUUAUCUGUAGAGCAAAAUGGCCUUGAAACUUUAUAAAGGAUGCCAAUUCCUAAUUCUUUUUGUUGCCCAUCAAUUAAGACCAGUUUUUUCCUUUUUGUUAAUAA